CCCAGGUCUAUGUCCUAAUCAACAAAUUUCGGAUCCAUUUCAGUGGUUUAAGGGUACCUAUCCCAUAAAAGUUUUUGAUUCAUUGGAUUAUAAAAACGCAUUUCCAUGAACUGGGCUCCUUAUCGUCAUGCCCACCACACGUAGCGACUCCAGCUGCGAGUUCACUUCAUAAGAGUGAACAAGCGAACCAGCGAGGGAGAGAGACAGAGACACACACAGAUACCGUGUCGGUUUUGGUCGCCAUGGACGAAAAACAGUCGAGUAAAACUAGGGGGAAGCCCAUCAAAUGCAGAGCUGCGGUUGUUCGCCGACCAGGAGAGCCAUUGGUGAUCGAGGAGAUCAUGGUGGCGCCGCCGAUGGCUCGUGAGGUUCGGGUUCGAAUCAUAUGCACCUCUCCCAGUCGCACCGAUAUUUCUUUCUGGGAAAUGAAGGAUGAGCCGGCAAUUUUUCCAAGAAUUCUCGGUCACGAAGCUAUGGGGGUUGUGGAAAGUGUAGGGGAGGGCGUAGAUGAAGUAACUGAAGGAGACAGUGUCAUCCCUUUUUUCUUGUCAGAUUGUGGAGAGUGCGUAGAUUGCAGAUCAAAAAAGAGCAACCUAUGUUCCAACCUCCCUUUCAAACUAUCUCCUUAUAUGCCCAGACAUGAGACCAGCAGAUUCACUGACCUCAAAGGAGAGGUUUUAUAUCACUUUUUAUCCGUCUCAAGCUUUAGCGAGUAUAAAGUGGUAGAUAUUGCCCAUCUAACGAAAAUUGAUCUGUCAAUCCCUCCAAACAGGGCAUGCCUCCUUAGCUGCGAAGUCUCAACAGGUAUUGGCGCUGCUUGGAGAACAGCAAAUGUGGAGACAGGAUCAACUGUUGCUAUAUUUGGGCUGGGGUCGAUUGGAUUAGCUGUUGCAGAAGGAGCCAGACUAUGUGGAGCUACUAAAAUUAUUGGUGUGGAUUUGAACCCAGAUAAGUUUGAAGUUGGAAAAAAAUUUGGAGUCACAGAAUUUGUCAAUGCUGGAGACUGUGGAAAUAAAACUGUGAGCCAGGUGAUCAAGGAGAUUACUGGUGGGGGUGCAGACUAUUGCUUUGAAUGUGUUGGAUUGGCAUCCUUGGUGCAGGAAGCAUAUGCCUCCUGCCGAAAGGGUUGGGGAAAGACAAUUGUUUUAGGAGCGGACAAGCCUGGGUCAACAUUGAGCCUGAGCUCUUAUGAUGUCCUUCAUAGUGGUAAAAGCCUCAAGGGAUGCUUAUUUGGAGGAAUCAAAGCUAAAACUGAUAUUCCCAUCCUUAUCAAACGUUAUUUGGACAAGGAACUGCAGCUGGAUGGAUUUGUAACACAUGAGGUAAAGUUUGAAGACAUCAACAAAGCUUUUGAUCUACUCAUUCGAGGAGAGAGUCUUCGUUGUGUAAUUUGGAUGGACAAAUAAGUAAGCUUCCAUGGAAUUUUUGGAAUUCGAUUAUGGUACGGUCCGGUCCUCCUCCUCCGACAACGACAGAAACAAUAAAGAAGUUCUACAUUUACCAUGGUGUUAUAUCUUUUGCUGAAUUCAAAUGCAGAAGUGUGCUUGUUUCAGAGUUUGAUCAAAUAACAGCUGUCUUAAACAUUGGAUACUCUCUAUUUUCUGCAAGAAUGUUACAAAACUAAACACU